AAAAUCUGGCAUAAAGAGUUGAAAUCAGAGUUUCGUGUUAGAUUCAGAUCCUUUUUUCUCCACCGGGUCUCAAUCAAUCAGCCAACGAUGGCCGCCGACGGAAUAUUCCGAUGCAUCUUCGAAGGCUGUAUCUCCGGCCUCGAUUCGGCCAUCGAGAGGCGUCCUUACCACAAAAACUGCGGAUGCGCGCUUCACGACGGAUCACGCGGCGGUGGAAAAAGUCAAAAUAAGAGGCGGACGUCCUGCCGCCGACACGGAAGCUCAGAGAGCAUAUCGUUCCCGAUCCGAAGAUCUUGGAGCGAAGGAAACAUCCUGGCUAUGAAUUUCCCUUCCUCGUCGUCUUCGUCUAAUCUCCAAUCGCUUUCUUCGUCUUCUUCUCUCACAACCCUGGCUUCGCUCUCCGAUUUAACAACGGUGGAUGCUGCUUCGUUGGAGGAUCCGAGCAGAUCUCAUCAUCAACGUCAGCUUGGAUGGACCAUUGACGAAGGUGAAGAUGUUUGAUCAUUGAUGAUUCAUUUUCCACAUUUUGUUAACUGCUAAUCUCCCCCGUUUAAUCAAUUUUCUUCAUAAUAUUGUGAGUGUCGCCAUUGUCUUGUAUCUUUUCUUCCGAAACAAAAAUCAAACUUUGAAGGGUUUCAUUUUUCGAUUUUAAUUCGUGUUUUUGUUUGUUUGGCAAUAUUAAAUUCCAUUCUAUAAAUUCGUAGUUGAAUUGUAAUUAGCCUCUGUGAUGGUUUCUUUUGUUCUUAAAGUCACUUUCAUUGCACAA